UAAAUCUCAACUAUUGCGUAGAGAGUGGCGUACGCCUUCUUUUGUGCGUACGCAACGUUUAUAAAUGAGGCCCCUGAUCAUCAGCUCUCAUUCAUGAAGAUAGUUCUGCAUGGAUUGAGGACUUUUUAUUAACCUUUUGCAGCUGAAACAUUUGCUAUGGGGAGAUUUUUUUUAUUUGCUUAGUUAAACCUGGAUGCUGAUUUUCUUUAAAACGUUGGUAGAAACCAUUAUUUGUGUGAUAAAUCUGUAUAAUUCUGAAGUUUUACUUUUUAAACCAAAUGAAUGUAAAAAAAAUCAAUUUUUCGGUUCAAAUGUAUUGAGAUGCUCCUGUGCACACCCAUGCAUGAACGUUUCUGUUCUCACAAAGACCAACUAUGUAUGAGUAACAGUUACGUUUUUUUUUUUGGCCCAAACACAUCAAAGUCUGUUUUUUAGAGGUUAAAAGUUAGUUUAGAAAGAUGGAGGAUGAGGGGCUGAAACCUGCACUGUCAGUGGAAAAUCCCCACAUCCAUCUGAAAUCCCCUGCAGUUCCCUCAGAAACAAAAUUAUUUUACUCCGUUCUGCGUCGGUGACUGACGGUUUCAUCCCUUCUUGGCGGACGCUGUGGCCUGGUCCUGAUGUUUGUCUGGAGCCAGAACCCGUUUGGGUCUCUGGUCCCGUAGCAGAUGUGCUUCCUUUGCUCCUCCGUCUGACAGAAAACACUCCCUUCGGCCUAAUCAAUGGGGAGUGGUGCUGGAGGGGGCGGCUCCAGCAGCGGGCCUGCUGCUGAUUCGCUGACGUGCGCUCUAAUUGGAUCAGUCAGGAAGUUGCUGAGCUUAAUGCUUUGUGCGUGGAGGGCAGCAGCCUGUGUGCAGAGACAGCGAGGGAGGAGGCCAGCCUUCUUCAGCACUUUGAGAGGAGGAGUGAGGCAGGAAAAAGGGGAGUACUCAGCCUCCUCUGACCCUGUGUGCUGCAGCAGCCCCCCCCUCCCUUCCUCUGUGAAGCUCCUUCUUUCUCUUUCUCCUUACUCAUCUGUUUCUGGGGCUGCACUGAGAAGAAGGACACCUGCCGCUCCCUGAUGAUUCAGCCUUUCUGCAGGUUGGGGCUCUUCACUCGAGGCAGCAUGUCCCCCCUGAUGCUGCAGUGCUCGGCCAUCCUGUCCUUGAAGACGCAUCUGCGACAGCCGGCCCACCACGCCACCACCGCCCCGCCUGUCUCCGUGUUCAGGCUGUCCGCCCCCCUCCUGCGGAGCCUCCAGGCUGAGCCUCUCUGAACGUUUUCCUCACCGCUUCAGGAUGGAAAACCUCCUCUUGGACUCUGGAGGCAGAACCCCCCUCCUGUAAUGUUCUGUUUUACUAGUUGAAGCUUCGUUCGUCCGUCAGUUCGAGAGCAUGACUGAGGGAAUGGAGGACAUCUCUGCCGGGCCCGCUCCUUCUUCUGGAACAACCUCCCCCUCCUGCCCUGCUGCCGAUGUCGGCUGCGUCCCAGAGGAGAAAGCUGAGGAGGCAGAGGCAGCUGGGGAGAGGGCAGAGGAGGCCGUCGAGGGAAUUGAGGAGGGAGGAGGCGGUGGUUGCGAUGGGGAGCAGGCGGGGGCUUUGGGAGUUGUGGCCCUGCCUGGGACCUGCUGCGUGUGCGUCGAGGAGGAGCGGAUCAACCAGUGCCUGCACUCAGAGAAGAUCUGCAUCCUGCCCAUCCUGGCCUGCCUGGUCAGCUUAGCUCUCUGCACCGCUGGCAUCAAGUGGGUCUUCGUGGACAAGAUCUUUGAGUACGAACGCCCCACCCACUUUGACCCCAAACCUAUUGGACAGGACCAGAUCAUCAUAUCUGUCGACCCCACGCUGGGAAUCACCGUCUCCAUCCCUCAUGCAGCUCCCUCGGCGGUCUCCCUCACCACCACCAUCGCCAUCUCCCCAGAGGUUUUAUUGGAGGAGAAAUCCACGAGCAGGCCGUACGCUCCGCUCCCCCCUCGAGUCACAUACCCGUCCGUCACGCUUAAGUACAACGCUGAACGUCCAGCUCCUCCGAAGCAGAGUCCCCGCCCACAAGCCACGCAGGAGCUCAGCAACGACAUCCAAACUGUCACUACCACCAGCACCUCCACCACCACCAAAACCUCCAGCCACAUCACGCGCUGCAGCGACAGCCAGAGGAACUACUGUGUGAACGGAGGCGAGUGCUUCACCCUGGAAAUCAUGCCGGGAAGCACAAAGUUUCUGUGCAGGUGUCCAAAUGAAUUUACUGGUGAUCGCUGCCAAAACUAUGUGAUGGCCAGCUUCGUCAAGACUGAGGGGUUGUAUGAAAAACGCAUUUUAACCAUCACAGGAAUCUGCAUCGCCCUGCUCGUCGUGGGAAUCAUGUGUGUGGUCGCCUACUGCAAAACGAAGAAACAAAGAAAGAAACUUCGUGAGCGCCUGAGGCAGAGCCAGAGGCAUAAAAGGAAGUCCAGUACCAAGGCCGGUACCGGCUCCAAACCGGACAGCUCUGCCGCAGGACGCCGCCUUUCUAACGUGCCUCUUCAAGACCUUAAGAUCAGCAAAUCGUGUAAUGGGAUGAAGAUGCUGUACACAGAUGACGACACGGAGGCCACCUUUCCCACGAGCAAAGACGCACCAGAACCCACCACCCUCACUCAAGUCUCCAGCCAAAGGCCGUCAGCCAUAAGGAACUGGACUCCGCCUUCCGAGUCACAAACUGGUCCGACGUCUCCAGGCUCCCCUCGGUCAGAGAUGUCGGCCCCCCUGUCCAGCCUGGCACUCUCCGUCCCGUCAGUCGCUUUGAGCCCCUUUACGGAGGAGGACCGGCCCCUGCUGCUGUCGAGAACCAGUCAGACUCCCUCAUCCUCCAGGGCAGAGGAGCAGAGACGAUGCUUCUCCCACUACAACCACGGCCUCAUGGCGCACAGCUUACCCCCCAGCCCGCUGCUCCACGUGGAGAAGGGGAGCUCUGCACCCGCGGGGGAGCAGAGCACCUUUGCUGCCGGCCCUCACCUCUCUGAGUCCAGCAGUGAGGGCAUGCCAGGGAGCGACACUGAAGAUCCUCAGGAGGAGGAGGAGGAGGAGGAAGAGGAGGAAGAGGCAGGCUUCCUUUCCACAGACAGCUCUGCGGCACUCUGGACUCUGAAAAGCUGCAGGACUAACCUGGCAUCAGCAAACCUCAGCCUGCAAGUGAAACCGUCAAACCCGUCCUCCAUCAAACCAGAUCCAAUUGCUGUGUAACAAAGAACGGAGAUUUGUGUUGAGGGAAAGAAAGGAGUUUCAUGUGUAAAGACUGUUGACGAAACUUAUUUUAAACGCCGUAGCAUAAAGGUUUUAUAGUAACAAAUGUGUUUGAGGUAAAGUGCCAUACGCUUGUCUGCAGCAGCGGCUCCCAGCUAAUUCAGAGCAGAAAAACAUCAACGUGCCUUUCCUUUGCUAGACAGGAACUUGUGUUAGAUUCGACGUGCUUCCUGCAGGACCCGCUCAGAUGACAGAACAAACACGAUGAGGUUUUUAUCACAGACGGCUCUGUCACAGCGUCACUCACCGAGACCCUUCUGAGGCAGAAACGGAGCUGCACACCUGCACUGAUGCUUCUAACUUCACCCUCCAAGUCUUCACCUGCACCCGCGGCGAUUUCAGAGAGGAGGUCCCUCCUGGACUCUGUAAAUAAGCUUUGACAUAAACGUGCAAUCACCGGACUGAUCAUCCGAUGCUCAGAAGCAUAACACAUCCCUCAUUUAAAUAUGUACUAACAGUUUCAGAUCCUGUCAAUUAUUCUAGAGGAGGCGCCCCCUGGAGGGCAGAAAGGUUUUAAAAAACUUUUUGAAAAUACAGUUGCUGCUGCAUCAGAAGGAGAAAUCACAGAGGAGCUGGACUUUGUUUUUUUUUUCAGAGAAAAUCAAGGAAAGAGGAGUUUGUAGAUGUGUGCGAUUAAACGUCCAAACACAACCCACAGUUUCAUCGAGCACUUUGUUAAUGUGAGAAGGACACGCUGUGGUCCACCUUUUGAUUUAACCACGAUAAUGUAGUAAACAAUAUAAACAGGUUUUCACUGGGCUCUCCUUUAAAUUAGAGGAGUAGAUUGCUUGACAUGUCAAAUGAUUCUUCCUGAAGGAAAUCCGUUCACUGCUCCGAUUAGAGCGUCCCCGAAAAGCUAGCAUUAGCAUUUAGCUCCCUCUUCACUUUUUCAAGGUUUCCUCCUCUUUCUUGACUUUUCAGAUCACAGCGUUGUUACCCCAUCCCGGUCAGAACCCUGUUGGUGCUUUUGGGUCCUCUGCUCUGAGACCCACCCCCCACCCCCACCCCAACAGAUGACUGACGUUGAGCUUUGGAGAAGACCCGACUGUUUGUAGAGACUGAAUCUUUCUGCAGCUGCUACCUACAGGACCCAGAAAUGUAUCUUCACAUCUACGUAUUUUUAUUUUGGGGGAUUGACAGGAAUCCUUAAGACCCCCCCCCCUCCCCCUGGUUUUGACAUUCUGUUCUGGAUCACAUCCAGGUCGGCGCUAACAACACACGACCCCGAAGUGUCGAUGGAAUCGGGUGCACCUUCCUUUUAGAAACGCACCCCCCCACCUUAUGAGUGCGUGAUAAGGUGUUGUUGGCUGCCCCUCCCUCACUUUUUUCACAGGUAUCUUUUUUUUGUGUGUGAAUGUUUUCAGCUGAUGUUUGUUUCUGCAGCUGAAACUGUUGCUUCAACUUUAGUUGGUGGGGGAGAGAAGGUUUUAUUGCGUUUUUCUUUCAUAGGAAAUGUUGCGGCUCACAAGAACCCCCUGGUAAACAGGUCAGGAGUCUUUGUCAGAUUUUUCUCCCCAUUCGGCUUGAACAGCUUGUGUAGUGUCAUUGCGUGUACAAAAUGAGUUAUAACGGCAUCUUCUGAUUGUUUCCUAAACGUUUUCCCAGGACAGAUUGAGGCAGUGUUUUUCAACCGGUGUGCCGCGGCACACUUGUGUACCGUGAGAUGGUCCGGUAUUCACUGAUCUAAAAGGCCCUGAUAAAACACUGAGUAGUUAGGAAUAUGAAAGAUCAUGAAAUACUUUUUUCUUUGUGUUUUUUUUAUUCUU